GCCGCCCGGCCACCCCGGCGGGGGCGGGGGCGGGCCCCGGCCGGUGGGGGUGACCGCCAGCCGAGCGCCGCCGCUACCGACGGCCGUCACUGCCACCGCUACCGUCAACACCAGCUCCGGGCACAAGGUGAUAUUUGUAUCGAGCUCGAGCGGCGCGCCGUCGCCAGUGGUGGCCUGUCCGCCGCGAACCACGGCUCUCUCCGAGCCAGGUCCUUUGCCCGGCCCCCCGCCCGGCCCCGGCCCCGGCCCGGGCGUCAUACAGGGCCCCGGCGUGAUCCAGGGCCCCGGCGGCGCGGCGGCGGCCGGCGAGCGGCAGCCGCGCCCGCUGGACCCCAACACGGACACCUACCGACAGAUGGCAGGUCUGGACUCGAGGGGCAAACCCAUGGCGUCCAGGACCCCGGCACGGGCGCGGGGCCGCGUGGGACGCCUGCCAACCAACUGUCCCUCCUCACAGCCGGGGAAGAGCGCCACGCGCGUGGCCACUGGUGUGAAGAUCAUCACGCACACGGUACCGCUGGCCGCCGCCGGUACCAAGGUGAUGACCAAGGGCGGCGGCCAGCCAGUGCUGGUGGUGCCCAGCUCGGCGGCGCCCCCGCCCGCCGCCGCCGCCGCCGCCGCAGCUGCCGUCCGGCCGGCGGUGGCCGUCCGCACCGGCUCCGGUGGCCGCGUAGUGACCGUCAGUGGCGGCGUCGGUCGCCAGCUGGUGCGGCACUCUCUGCACGGCUACGCCCUGCCGCGCGCCGUGCACGUGGGCCGAUCGCCCAGCGGCGGCUCGCCCACCAACCGGGCUCCGGCCAGCGUGAUCGUGCUGCAGAAGAGCGCUGCCGGCCGGCCGCCGACCGUGGUGCGGCCGCCGCGCGCCCGCUCCGACUCGGGCGCCGCCGCGGUGUUUGUGAGCGCGCCGCAGACGGCCAGCCCGGCGGCCCGCCUGCCGGCGCCCUCACCGGCUCCCACUCCGGCCGCGGCGCCGGCCCCGCUGUCCGCAGCGGCGGCACCGGCAGCGACGCCGGUCUCCGCUCAGGACCAGCAGCAGGUUAACAGCAGUUCGGUGUUAUCCGAUAUUCUGCACGCCACGGGUAUCAUCAACCCCAAGGCCGCGCCAGACGGAGUAUCUGCGUCUCCGCCGCCAUCAGGCGGAAUUCAGAAGGCGCCGCCCCCGCCGGCGCCGGCGCCGGUGCCGGCGGCGGACUCAGGGCGGCCGCCGCCCUCCUCGCCGGGCCCAGGCCGGCCGCCCCCGCCCCCGCCCGAGCCCCCGGCGGCGGUCGCGGCGGCACCUCCUCCUCUGGCCGACACCGACAGCAGCAACGACACUGGCGAGUCGAUCACACUCGAGCAAGCGGUGCAGUUAAUGAACCACCAGACGUCCAACCCGGGACAGUCGCGGCAGAUUCUGCGGCGGGCCGGUAUCCGGCUGGGAGAGGCGCCGGACGGCGUCACCGGAGCUGUGCUACAGGCGUCCGGCGGUGACCGGUUACCGUCCGACCCCAGUAUGGAGUUGGUGGGGGAGUUGGACCCGCAGACGGGCAUAUUCUACCCCGUCACACAAAACAGCGCCGGUGGCGCUGUUUUGGAAGGCUCAGAUCUCGUACAGGACAGUACUGGUGAGACGCUGGAGGACAUUUCCGCCUUCCUGCAGCAGAGGCACGACCCUGUCCCCAGCGCCGCACCAGAGGUGUCCAAGUAGCUAGUGAUCUGAGGUCGACUCUCGGCGUGUGACGUCACACUGCAGCCGGCGGUGACGUCACCCCGAACGGUCGCCGCGCGCGCGCCCAAACUUUUACGUCGUCUCACCCGCUCGCGUCCACAUCUCAUCCAUCUCUGGCGCGCGCGCGCGCCCGCUGCGUCUGA